GCCAAGGUGAAAGCAACCAAUUAAUUUUGAUUGAUCAAUCAACUUUGAUUGAAUAAUCAAAUUUAAACAGAUUGGUUGAUUUUUUUUUUUUUUAUUUGCAAUUACUAACCUACUACUAACUGAAAUUUCUAUUGUUAUGUGUGUGUAGGUGUGAGCAAGGAGGAGCUGGCCCACCAGAAUUUUUAAAUUUUUUUUUAAAUUUUUAUAUUUCAUGUAUUUUUUCCUGAUUUUUUAUUGUACUAAUAAAUUUUACAAAAGUAGUUUUUUAACUAGAUAAGGCCUCGGAAAAAAUGGGGUGUCUACAAUGUCAUACAAAAUUCUAUUGAAAUUUGUCCAAAUCCAAACCCAAAAUCCGAAAAGCAUGCUCCCAAAUGCCGCAGAAAAUACUUAUUUACGAUUAAUAAGAUCUAAAUUAAUAAUCAUUUAGCCUUAUUGGUUUAUACAAAAUAACACAUUGAAUAUUUAUAUAAAUUUGACAACCCACAUAAAACAUUAACUGUUCCCACUCAUAUUUUUUUAUAAAGCCUCCUCUGUUCUUAGGCAUUGUUUUUUACCCCCAAUUAAUUUACCAAAUAAACAGAAACUCCACAAUUAUAUAUAAUACAAAUUAAGAACUCAAUACAUGAUAAAAUCAUGCAAAAGAUAUUUUUAAGUUUUAAAAGUGGCCCCAACUGCAUGGCAUGGUGACUUGUUCUUGUAUAUUAUUGAAUACUUAGGCAUUGAUCAGUGAAGGCCAUAUUGUCCACUAUGUUUCCAAUCUGAUGGGAAAAAAAGCAUGCUUCCUCAUUUUUCAGAGUACAACCUUAGUUUGUGGUGAGAUGGGAAAGUACCAAAGGGAGUCUUUUCUUACCCCAAGGGAGAAAGAGAGACACAUAUUUUCAACUCCACCAAACACAUUGAGUUGCUGCACCAACUCCUGCAGGAAAACCCCUUGAUUCUCGCUAAUUCUGCACUAGAAUCUCCCAUGGAGACCCCUCCACAUGCAGUUGGUUUCAUGGCGGAAGUUAUCAAACACAAGCCUGAGUUUGCUGCAGAACUGAACUAGGAACGAUUUAGGCCCAUGGACAUAGCUGCAGCCAUGGGCAACGUGGAGAUGGUCAGAGAACUUUUGAAUGGUAAUGACCAUGAACAGGUGAGUGACCUCAUGGGAAGGGACCAAAGAACAGCACUUCACUAUGCUGCCAUGUAUGGGAGAGCUGAGAUCAUAGAGGAAUUGAUGAUCUCAAGCCCAGAGUGCAUCAAAGAUGUCACGGCUCGCAAAGAAACUGCGCAGCACCUUGCUGUGAAGAACUACCAAUUUGAAGCCCCAGGUGCUUUGGUGGUAUGGCUUGAGAAGCUCAACUUGAAAAUGCUUGCAAACUGGGCUGAUUGUGAUGGGAACACUGUCUUGCACCUUGCAGCUUCUCAAAAACAGAUCAAGGUACCAAUCAAAUUGAUAUGCUGUUUGCACAUAGGCUUUUAGCCCAUUUGUAUAAUCUUCCUUCAAAUCAAUGCUUUUCAUUUUUUCAUAAGAUUCGUAAUGUUACCCUUCUAUGCUUCUGCUCAGAAAAUUAUCUACUUCCCAAACAUUAUAUCAUACACAUCGGGUAUAUUUCUCCCCUUCUACGAUUAGGUUAACUUGAUUAGAAUUAAAUAACAAGUUUCAGUGAUAACUUAUUUGGAAUUACACUACAAGUAUGUGGAAGUGGAUUUUGAAUUUUUGAUGAUCAAUCUGUUUGGGAACUAAAAUUAUUUGAUUUUUAUGCUGCUGGUAUUAAGUGUU